UAUUAAUUUAUGCAUCCACCCCGCUUCUCUCCUCCGAUAUAUCCGUUCGAUCGGGUGACUAGGUCAACUGUUCUCGCUUCUGCUUCGUCUUCCCGUCCUCACCGAUCCAUUUCAGGCAAGGAAUUCGUGGGUGAAUUUCUGUUGGAUUUGUUGGGAGGAAAUAUUGUGGAUUGGUUCGGAGACUUUCUGCAGCAAUUUCCACAGAUUUGGAGGUCUCCGAGGGCAUUAGCAUGGCGGUGCCAAACGCGGUAGGGGAAUCGGUGCUCGUGGGCGGAGGGGAGAGGAAACGGAAGCGCGGGAGCGAGCCCUCCGCCCCGUUGUCUAAGUGGCGGACAGAGGGUGAGCAAAGGAUCUACUCCUCCAGGCUCAUCGAAGCCCUCCGCCGGGUCUGCCAAUCCUCCGCUUCUGCGCCCUCCGCGUCGUCCUCGGACCACGUGCGGAGCUGCGCCGUCCGAAAGGCGGCGGAUCGGGUGUUGGCGGUCUCGGCGCGCGGCCGAACGCGGUGGAGCCGCGCGAUCCUCUCAGGCGGGACUCUCAAGCAUCGAGUCCGGCCGAAGGGCAGCCGACCGAAGCCUGUCAUCUCCGCAUUCGUUGCGCGGGCCGCGGCGCAGAGGAGAAAGACCCCGGCGCUGGAGAAGAAGACGAGAGUCCUGGGACGGCUGGUCCCAGGCUGCCGGAAGCUGCCCUUGCCGUCGCUUCUGGAGGAGGCGUCGGGCUACAUCACGGCGCUGGAGAUGCAAGUGCGGGCUAUGAGUGCCAUCGCCGAGGCCUUCUCUGCUGCCGGCAGUGCCUCGUUGCCACCAAUUCAUGCCAACCCUAUGUAAGUCAGAUGCGAACCCAGGAUAUUUCUCAUUUCCACUUCUUCUUCUAUUUUUCUCUCCCUCAGAAUUCGUGGCGCAUUAUGUUGUACCUUUUUUUUUUGUUUUAAAAUCAAUCCCCAUCACCCUUCCCCCCAUGUGCUAUGAAUCUUUUAUACGCUGUCGCCGGUAGCUAGAUUCCGCAAUGCUUAACAUUUGUUUCCUUUACCAUUA